AUGCCAAACGCCGAGUGGAGGGCGGAAGUUCAGCGACGGGAGGCUGUCACCGCCGACUGGUGGAACAGGGCCAUCGCCAAGAAGGCCCGUGACAACGCGGCGCGCGCGGCUGCGGCUGCCGCUUCGGCGGACCAAGCCGAGGCCGAGGCGACUCGCGCGGGGAUGAUGAAUCCACCCGGCAGCCACGCCCAGUACGCUCCCUGGGGCCAGCAAAGCGUGGGCUCUCCGUCGCCGCAGCCAUGGGGAUCGCCCUCGCCGAGCUACGCCGACGGGGACGCGCACGGUGGGUUCAACCCAAACGUCACCUUCCCCCAUGGACACCCGGCCCAGCGCACGCCCUCGCCCGCAUUCGCCGGCGUGCAGUACCCUCCAUAUAACUACUCGCCGCCCGCCUACGCGUCCUCCCCGACGCCCCAUCUCCGCCGUUGCGUGCUGCCCUUCUCGCACCUCGGCGACACCGACGAGACCGAGGGCGACAUGGACGACAUCAUCGCCGCAGGUUCGGCCGCGGCCGCCGCGUCUCCCGGGUUCGACACCCUGGACGAGACGGUGGAUCUCAGCGGCGGCAUGGACGGCGAGCUCGGCUACGUCUACGGCGAGGAGGAGGAGGAGGAGUCAGGCGAGCCGCGCAUCAAGUGGGCGUCCAAGGAGGAGAAAUGCCUCGCCGAAGCAUGGAAAGUCGUGUGCCUCGACCCGACCACUGGCACGAACCAGAGCAUCGAGACGUACUGGGAGCGCAUCAAGGCCGAGUUCGACGAGCGCAAGCUCGUCGACCCCUACUUCAAAGGCGUCUACAUGCAGCGCGGCUCGAAGACGAUGGCGAACCAUUGGGGGCGUAUCCAAGGGGCGUGCAACAAAUGGCAUGGGGUCGUCGAGGAGGUCGCGGCUCGCCCGGAGAGCGGCGCGAGCGUUGAGGAUCAGUUGCUGCGCAUGUUCGCCCUGUACCGACAGAGCAACAGCGACGCCGAAUUCAAGUACCUCCACGUUUACAAGCACAUUGACAAGUGCGAGAAGUGGGCGGAAGUCCGGCGCACCCUCGACAAGGCCAAGGAGACCUACAAGCCGGACGCGCUGACUCCUGGCGCAUCGGAAGGGCGGCCGGACGGCAACAAAGGUGCCAAGAAGGGGAAACACGCCGACGCGGCCACCGCUCGAGUGCAGGAGUCCAUCGAGCACUGCCUCGCCGACGCGCAGGCCCGGGCAGUCCUUCGCGAAGAGAAGACCGAGGCGCGGUGGUCGGCGUUGAUGUCGAGCAACGCCGUCAAGCUCGACCUACUCCGGACCAACGUCGCCGCGAAGAAGAGAAACACCGACCUGGCUUUCCUGCUAGGCGGGGCGGACAUGCUCCAGAGCACCGACGAGGCGGUCAAGGCGUGGUACUUGGUGGAGCGCGACCUCAUCCUGAACCAGCUUCCCUCGACGACGCCGCCGACGCCCACGCCGACGCCGCCGCCAAGCCCGCGUGAUGACGCCUCCACGACGCCCAGCAGCACCCAAGCCGCGCCGACACCGCCCAGCGCAGAAGCAGCUCCGACACCGCCAAGCCCGCGCACGCCGACUCCGCCGACGCCUGGGGCCGACCCCGCCGAGUGA